AUGGAUGGCCGGCUGUCCUCCUCGUCCUUUCCCCGCCAAGGAUGGCCCCGACUGUCGCCGUCUUAUGCGCCGCCAGCAGUCCAAACACCCCGAGAAUACCAGUCCACCACCACCGAGAGAGAAACGCAGCAUCGUACACAACGGGAAGAACCCCCUAAUUCAGGCCCAGCAUCAUCAUCAUCAUCAAGAAAACCAAAAGCAGCUACCCAGCCCGUGCUCGUAAGAGCGUAUUCCGGCGAUGCGGAGCAGAACAAAGCCAAAGACAAAGACAGCACUCCCAAGAUGUCACCGCGCCGUCUACUCCCAUUCACCACGGGUUCGAAGGGAUCCGCUUCCUCGUCCCGCGCACCACCGGGCCCUCCACGCCCGUCGGACUUUGACUUCAGCAUCGAGAGCAUCCUGCAAGCCAUUGACCCCGAGAUCCGGGGCACCUUGGAUUCCAUUGCAGAGAUCUGCGGACGCAGCAAGCUAAGUCUCUCCAAUGAAUACGACAGCCACAUCGCACCGCUGGGGGAGAUCCGCGCGGCGUCCGGUGGUGGUCUCGUGCCUGUUGAGGAGGUGAGUUCCAGUGCUGAGCGGCACGCCGAUGAGGGCGGAAUGGUCACCUUUGAUGAUGAGCACGCUGCAGCUGCGCGGGCCAAUCCGGGGAGGGAACUGCAUCCGUUCUCGUUCUAUGGGUAUGUCGAAAGUCUGCGGCAGUCGGCUGCUGCGCAUGCGCAGUCUGAGGUUCGGCGGUCGAUCGAUGCGCAGCUAAGUGCUACGCCUGGGAUGGGUCUGCCAUCUUUACCGGUGACGAGAGAGUUUGCGUCCAAGCCGAAGAAUUCGAGCAAAGAUCUGCUGGCGAAGCAUCCGGAGCAUGAGGGCCAUCAAACCCAGGUCACUCCGGCUGUGGUUUCGGAGGUCUAUCUCGAUGCUCAGGCCGAUGAUGCGGGGUCAGCCAAUAAUGGGCCUCAUGUUCCUGUUGCGGCGGGCACUCCAGCGGCCAAGGACGGACCGAGUGGUCCAGAGGUGGUGCGCUCUCUUCUUGGGUGGUUGAGAUGGAGUGCUCGAUUUGCUGGGCCAGAUCUCUCGCCGCGAUUGCAGUCUGCAGAGGGCAAACUGCGCGCUAUGCUGGCCGAUGAAAAUCCCAGUCUACUAGCAUGA